CGUCUGUCCGUCAGGAGGGUUGUGCGGCCAACAGCAGCGGGGGCGGUGUCCCGGAGGGCGCGGAGUUCCGGGCGCGCGGAGACCGUUGGGGCUUCGUGGUGUUUGGGGGUUACAGCUCACAUGGCUGCAGCCAGUGUGACCCCCCCUGGCUCCCUAGACUUGCUACAGCCUGGCUUCUCCAAGAACCUCCUGGGAACCAAGUUAGAGGCCAAGUACCUGUGCUCAGCUUGCAGAAAUGUCCUGAGGAGGCCCUUCCAGGCCCAGUGUGGUCACCGCUACUGCUCCUUCUGCCUGACCAGCAUCCUCAGCUCUGGGCCUCAGAAUUGUGCUGCCUGUGUCCAUGAAGGCAUAUAUGAAGAAGGAACUUCUAUUUUAGAGAGCAGUUCGGCCUUUCCAGAUAAUGCUGCUCGCAGGGAGGUGGAGAGCCUGCCAGCUGUCUGUCCCAAUGAUGGAUGCACCUGGAAGGGAACCCUGAAAGAAUACGAGAGCUGCCACGAAGGACUCUGCCCAUUCCUCCUGACUGAAUGCCCUGCGUGUAAAAUCCUGGUCCGCCUCAGCGAGAAGGAGCACCACACUGAACAGGAAUGCCCCAAGAGGAGCCUGAGCUGCCAGCACUGCCGGGCAUCCUGUAGCCAUGCGGACCUGGAGGCACACUAUGAAGUCUGCCCUAAGUUCCCCUUGACCUGUGAUGGCUGUGGCAAAAAGAAGAUCUCUCGGGAGAAGUUUCAGGACCAUGUUAAGACGUGUGGCAAGUGCCGGGUCCCCUGUAGAUUCCAUGCCAUUGGCUGCCCUGAGAUGGUAGAAAUGGAGGAAUUGCAGGAUCAUGAGGCACAACAGCUACGGGAGCACCUGGCCCUGCUGCUGAACUCACUGCUAGAGUCCCAAGCCUCCCAGGGGGACCAGAGCCAGGUGGAGCCAGAGCUGCUGCAGCGGUGCCAGACCCUGGAGCGGAAGACAGCCACCUUCGAGAACAUUGUCUGCGUCUUGAACAGGGAGGUAGAGAGGGUAGCAGUGACGGCAGAGGCUUGUAGUCGGCAGCACCGGCUGGACCAAGACAAGAUUGAGGCCCUGAGUAACAAGGUGCAGCAGCUGGAGAGGAGUAUUGGCCUCAAGGACCUGGCCAUGGCGGAUCUGGAGCAGAAAGUCUCAGAAUUGGAGGCGUCCACCUACGAUGGGGUCUUCAUCUGGAAGAUCUCAGACUUUGCCAGGAAGCGCCAGGAAGCAGUAGCUGGCCGCACGCCUGCUAUCUUCUCACCAGCCUUCUAUACUAGCAGGUAUGGCUACAAGAUGUGUCUGCGUGUCUAUUUGAACGGUGAUGGCACAGGGCGGGGAACACACCUCUCUCUCUUCUUCGUGGUGAUGAAAGGCCCCAACGAUGCCCUCUUGCGGUGGCCUUUCAAUCAGAAGGUGACAUUGAUGCUACUGGACCAGAACAACCGGGAGCAUGUGAUCGACGCAUUCAGGCCUGAUGUGACCUCGUCCUCCUUCCAGAGGCCUGUCAGCGACAUGAACAUUGCCAGCGGCUGCCCUCUCUUCUGCCCUGUGUCCAAGAUGGAGGCCAAGAAUUCCUAUGUGCGGGACGAUGCCAUCUUCAUCAAAGCCAUUGUGGACCUAACAGGACUCUAGCCACCCCUACUAGGAGCAGCAGCUCAGUGAGGAGCUGCUGGCCACACUGGGCCAGGGCCCUGCCACACGGGGGUGGGCAGGCUUGGUACACGUGCUGGGGAGGACCAUCCUGCAGCCAGUCACCACCAUGGGAAGGAGACACCAGUUGGUCCUCAGCUGGCAAACUGAGUAGAGGGUGCAGGGGACCAUCCAAUCCAGGGUCUGGUGGGACUAGCUGGGGCUCUUCUCUGCUUUCCUGCUUUGUGUGGAAAAGGGGGAGACCCCGGGUGGGGUACUCCGAUCCUCCCUAAGAGCUUCAGAGCUGCACAAGCAGCACGAGUGUGGUGGUUGGCCUUGCCCACUCUGGCUUGUGGAAAGGAGGUGGGAGCUGCACAGGAGAGGGGCAUCCACCUGCAGUGUGGUCCAGGAGAGAAGGCAUUCUGAGACCAGGUGCUCACUGGACAGUAGCCUGCUUGUGCUGCACACCUCUGCCCAGUGGCCUGUAUUGAGGAGAUGUGAUUAAACCAUUCAGAUGUCUAUGA